CCCCCCUCCCGCCCCCCGGGCCGCGGGGCUGAUCUGAUUGGACGUGGCUGCGCCCGGCCGGCCAAUGGUGAGGCGGCGGCAGCUUCCCGGAAGUGGCGGCGCGGCCGGCGGCGGCGGCGGGGGCUUCCGUUGCUUUCUAGGCAGGCGGCCAGUCCGCCCGGGUUGGCGGACGCAAUGAGCUGCUUCGAGGGGCAGAUGGCCGAGUAUCCAACCAUCUCCAUAGACCGCUUCGACCGGGAGAACCUGAGGGCCCGCGCCUACUUCCUGUCCCACUGCCACAAAGAUCACAUGAAAGGAUUAAGAGCCCCUACCUUGAAAAGAAGGUUGGAGUGCAGCUUGAAGGUUUACUUAUACUGUUCACCUGUUACUAAAGAGCUGUUGUUAACAAGCCCGAGGUACAGAUUUUGGGAGAAACGAAUUAUAUCCAUUGAAAUUGAAACUCCUACCCAGAUAUCUUUAGUCGAUGAAGCAUCAGGCGAGAAGGAAGAGAUUGUUGUGACUCUCUUACCAGCUGGUCAUUGCCCAGGAUCAGUUAUGUUUUUAUUUCAGGGCAACAAUGGGACUGUCUUGUACACAGGAGACUUCAGAUUGGCAAAAGGAGAAGCUGCCAGAAUGGAGCUUCUGCACUCUGGGGGCAGAGUGAAAGACAUCCAGAGUGUGUACUUAGACACGACUUUCUGCCAUCCGAAAUAUUACCAAAUUCCUAGUCGGGAGGAGUGUCUGCAUGGGAUCCUGGAGCUGGUUCGCAGCUGGAUCACGCGGAGUCCGUACCACGUGGUGUGGCUGAGCUGCAAGGCCGCCUACGGGUACGAGUAUCUCUUCACCAACCUCAGCGAGGAGUUCGGAGUCCAGGUUCACGUGGAUAAACUAGACAUGUUUCGAAACAUGCCUGACAUCCUUCAUCAUCUCACAACAGACCGUGACACUCAGAUCCAUGCGUGUCGGCAUCCAAAGGCAGAGGAAUAUUUUCAGUGGAAUAAGUUACCCUGUGGCAUUACCUCCAAAAAUAGAAUUCCACUCCACACAAUCAGCAUUAAGCCAUCCACUAUGUGGUUUGGAGAAAGAGCCAGAAAAACCAACGUCAUUGUGAGGACUGGAGAGAGUUCGUACAGAGCCUGCUUUUCUUUUCACUCCUCCUACAGUGAGAUUAAAGAUUUCUUGAGCUACAUCUAUCCUGUGAAUGUAUAUCCAAAUGUCAUUCCGAUAGGCACAACUAUGGGUAAAGUUCAAGAAAUCUUAAAGCCUUUAUGCCGAUCUUCCCAAAGUACCGAGCCAAAGUAUAAACCACUUGGAAAAUUGAAGAGAGCAAGAACAAUCCACCUAGACUCAGAGGACGACGAUGACAGUGAUCUCUUUGAUGAUCCUCUGCCAGUACCUUUAAGGCACAAGAUUCCAAACCAGCAAACUCUUCGCCCUGAGGUAUUGCCCACGACUGCGAUUUCACAAGACCAGCCUGAAAAACGGAGAGAAAGCACAGGGUGCUUCAGAGCAGAGAGUAUGCCAACAACUUUCCUUUGGGCAGACUUUAUAGAUUGUGAGGAAUCCAACAGUGAAAGUGAAGAAUCCGAAAUCCCAGCUUCAGCUCAAGGAGACACGGGUCCUGUCCCCCAGCUCCAGAAGAGGGCUGAUGGGGAAGUACCACAGUGGGAAGUGUUCUUUAAAAGAAGUGCUGACCUCACUGAUGACUGUUUGGAGAACCUCCCGUCCUCCACAGAGGCAGGGGGCUCUCAGUCUCCGAAGCUUUUCAGUGACUCCUCUGAUGGGGAAUCAACUCACAUCUCUUCCCAGACAUCUUCUCAGUCAACACACAUAUCAGAACAAGGAAGUCAAGGCUGGGACAGCCAGUCCGACACUGUGCUGCUAUCUUCCCAAGAGAGAAAUGGGGGUAUGGCCUCCUCGAGCAGACGCACCUACAGGCCAGGAAUCAAAGACAAUACUCUUGCCCCUCAGACGGAACAAAAUGUACUUUGCCCAAAGGACACACACUCUGAUGUGAAAACCAGAGACCAAGACGUAAGCACAGGUUCUAGUGCUGGAGAGACGGCGACUCUAAGCAGCGGCAAGCACACGCCUCAGGAGAAAAGGCCACUAAAUCCUAGCAGCAGCGCAGAUUCACAAAGCUCCUCUGAUUUUGAAAUUCCCUCCACUCCAGAAGCCGAGCUACCGACACGAGAGCAUUUACAAUAUUUCUAUGAGAAGUUGGCAACAGGGGAGAGGAUAGUAGUUGAAAAAAGAAAAAGCUCACUUCAUUCUAGAGCAACCACUAAAAAACCUAUACCAAGAGAUAAUAGUCAAAAUCCUAAUAGAUAAACUAAAAUGGAAAACUUAAAAAUGUUCCUAUAACCUAAAAGGUGGCAGUAAAGGGGAAACGGAGGACCAAAAAAUAGAGGGAAAACACAGAAAACAAGACAUGGGAGAACUAAAUCCAAACAUACCAAUAAUUACAUCAAAACAGAGGAAAAACCAUAAACCAACUAACUAUAUACUGUCUAUAGGAAGCUGACUUCAAAAGACUUGGGUAGGUUUACCAGUGAAAGGAUGGAAACCUUUACCAUGUAAACAUUACUUAAAAGAAAGAUGGAGUGGCUAUGUUACUAAUGAUAAAACAUCCAGUAGAAUUAGCAGAAUUAGUCUACAGAGUAUCAGCAAGGAUACAGAAGAACUGAACAGCACCGUCACCCAACUGGAUUUAACUGACACAUCCAACAGCAGAAUACACGCUUUUCAAGUUUACACAGGACAACGUUCACCAAGACAGACCAUAUCCUGGGUUGUAAAAACACUUCAAAUUUAAAGAAUAAACAACUUGGAUCUAUUACUAUAAACUGAUGGUGAUAGAAGAAAGUCAGCCCCUUACCUAUCUCAGGUGUUCCAUCACUUAAGAGUGUUGGUGUGAAUACAGUGGUAAAAUCAAAACCUAAAAGAAACUACUUACUUAAAAGGCAUUCAGCUUCCUUAAAGUCCAUCGAUAGGUUAUGUUUUUGCAUAGUUAUGUAUGUGGAUUUAAUAAA